AUGGCCGAUAGGACUGCACCCCGUUGCCAACUACGAUUAGAAUGGAUUUACGGGUACCGAGGGCACCAGUGCCGCAACAACCUGUACUACACCGCGGGUAAGGAAGUGGUGUACUUCGUGGCAGGAGUCGGCGUCGUGUACAACACCAGAGAACAUACACAGAAGUUCUUUCAAGGGCACAACGAUGAUAUUAUCAGUUUGGCGCUGCACCCGGAGCGUUCUCUGGUGGCCACAGGGCAGGUGGGGAAGGAGCCCUUCAUCUGCGUGUGGGACACCUUCACCGUCAACACCGUCUCCAUCCUCAAGGACGCACACUCACACGGCAUCGCCUGCCUCGCCUUCAGUGCAGACGGACAGCGCCUGGCCUCAGUGGGGUUGGAUGCUAAAAAUACGGUGUGCAUCUGGGACUGGAAGAAAGGCAAGGUCCUCGCCACGGCAACGGGACAUUCUGAUAGGAUAUUUGACAUCACUUGGGACCCUUUCCAGCAGAAUCGGCUCGUCAGCUGUGGGGUAAAACACAUCAAGUUCUGGGCGAUGUGUGGCAACGCGUUGACUCCUAAGCGGGGCAUCUUUGGGAAGACGGGGGACCUGCAGACCAUCCUGUGUGUGGCCUCGGCCAAAGAUGACGUCACUUACUCCGGGGCCCUCAACGGGGACAUCUACGUCUGGAAGGGCCUCACCCUGGCACGCACCAUUCAGGCUGCACACGGGGCUGGCAUCUUUAGCAUGUAUGCGUGUGAGGAGGGCUUUGCCACCGGGGGGCGUGACGGCUGCAUCCGGCUCUGGGACACCGACUUCAAGCCCAUCACCAAGAUCGACCUGAGGGAGACCGAGCAGGGAUACAAGGGUCUGUCCAUCCGCAGCGUGUGCUGGAAGGCGGACCGCAUCCUGGCGGGGACGCAGGACAGUGAGAUCCUGGAGGUGAUGGUGCGGGAGCGGGACAAGCCCUUGCUCAUCAUGCAGGGCCACAGUGAGGGCGAGCUCUGGGCUCUCGACAUACACCCCAAGAAACCACUAGCAGUCACCGGCAGCGACGACCGCUCCGUACGGUUGUGGAGCCUGGUUGACCAUGCCCUGAUCGCGCGUUGCAACAUGGAGGAGGCGGUGCGGAGUGUGGCCUUCAGCAGCGACGGAUCCCAGCUAGCCCUUGGCAUGAAGGACGGAUCCUUCACCGUGCUCAGAGUCAGGGACAUGACGGAGGUGGUGCACAUCAAGGACCGCAAGGAAGUGAUCCACGAGAUGAAAUUCUCCCCGGACGGCGCGUACCUGGCCGUGGGCUCCAACGACGGCCUGGUGGACGUGUACGCGGUGGCGCAGCGCUACAAGAAGGUGGGCGAGUGCAGCAAGUCCUCCAGCUUCAUCACGCACCUCGACUGGUCCAUCGACAGCAAGUACCUGCAGACCAACGACGGGGCCGGGGAGCGACUCUUUUACAGGAUGCCAGCAGGGAAGCACCUCACCACCAAAGAGGAGACCAAAGGGAUCCACUGGGUCACAUGGACAUGUGUGAUUGGUCCAGAGGUAACUGGGAUCUGGCCCAAGUACACCAACAUCAACGACAUCAACUCUGUGGACGCCAACUACAACAGCGCCGUCAUGGUGACCGGAGAUGACUUUGGCCUGGUCAAGCUCUUCCGAUUCCCCUGCCUAAAGAAAGCCGCAAAGUUCAAGAAGUAUGUCGGCCAUUCUGCCCACGUGACCAACGUCCGCUGGUCACAUGACUUCCAGUGCGUGUUGACGACGGGCGGCGCGGACCACUCCGUGUUCCAGUGGCGCUUCCUGCCGGAGGGGAUUGUCAACGGGGUUCCAGAGCCCCUGCAUCAAGAUGGCUAUGCGGAAUCCAACAGUGAGGAGUCUGAUUCAGACCUGUCUGAUGUACCAGAGCUGGACUCGGACAUCGAGCAGGAGACGCAAAUCAAUUACGAACGGCAGGUGUAUAAGGAAGACCUCCCCCAGCUGAAGCAACAGAGUCGGGAGAAGAAGCAGCUGGUUGGCUCCCUGAAGAGGCAGCGAUGCCCAGACGCCGGCCUCACACUCAAGUUUGUCCACGGGUAUCGGGGCUACGACUGCCGCAACAAUCUCUUCUACACGCAGGCGGGGGAGGUGGUGUACCACGUGGCGGCAGUGGGCGUGGUCUACAACCGCCAGCAGCACGCCCAGCGCUUCUACCUGGGGCAUGACGACGACAUACUCAGCCUCACAGUGCACCCAGUCAAGGACUAUGUGGCCAGCGGACAGGUGGGGAGGGAUCCAGCUAUCCAUGUGUGGGACAUCUUGACCCUGAAGUGCCUCUCCCUCCUCAAGGGGUUUCACCAGAGAGGCGUGUGUGCGCUCGACUUCUCAGCGGACGGGAAGAGCUUGGUGUCUGUGGGAGUGGAUGAGCACCACAGCAUCGUGGUCUGGGACUGGAAGAAAGGGGAGAAGCUGGCCACAGCCAGGGGCCAUAAGGAUAAACUCUUCGUGGUGAAGUGUAAUCCCCUGCUAAUGGACAAGAUGGUGACCGUGGGCAUCAAGCACAUCAAGUUCUGGCAGCUAGCAGGCGGCGGUCUCACCUUCAAGCGAGGUGUGUUUGGGAACCUUGGGAAGCCGGAGACCAUGAUGUCGGUGUGCUACGGCCGCGCUGACGACCUGGUCUUCUCCGGAGCGGCCACGGGAGACGUCUUCAUCUGGAAGGAACCGGUUCUGAUGAAGACUGUCAAAGCCCACGAUGGACCCGUCUUCGCUAUGUUCUCCCUAGACAAGGGUUUUGUGACCGGAGGUAAAGAUGGAGUUGUGGAGCUGUGGGAUGACACGUUCGAGAGGUGUCUGAAGACCUACGCCAUCAAGAGAGCAUCACUAUCCUCUGGAUCCAAAGGACUGCUGCUGGAGGACAACCCUUCUAUUCGUGCCAUAACGCUGGGACACGGACGCAUCCUGGUGGGGACCAAGAACGGAGAGAUACUGGAGAUAGACAAGAGUGGACCUAUGACCCUGCUGGUCCAGGGCCAUAUGGAGGGGGAGGUGUGGGGUCUGGCUGCCCACCCCCUGCUGCCUCUAUGUGCCACGGUGAGUGACGACCGGACCCUGCGCAUCUGGGAGCUGGCCGCCAACCAUCGCAUGGUGGCCGUACGCAAACUCAAGAAAGGUGGGCGGUGCUGUGCCUUCUCUCCCGAUGGGAAAGCCUUAGCAGUGGGCCUGAAUGACGGGAGCUUCCUGGUGGUGAAUGCAGACACGCUGGAGGACCUCAUCUCAUUUCACCACCGCAAGGAGCUCAUCUCAGACCUGCGCUUCUCACAAGAUGCUGGUAAAUACCUUGCGGUGGCCUCUCAUGACCACUUUGUGGAUAUCUACAACGUGCUGAGCAGCAAGAGGGUGGGCAUCUGCAAAGGAGCCUCCAGCUACAUCACACACAUAGACUGGGACACGCGCGGUAAACUGCUUCAAGUGAAUUCUGGUGCCAAAGAGCAGCUUUUCUUCGAAGCCCCCCGAGGAAAGAGACAAACCAUUCGUAACACCGAGAUGGAGACUAUGGAGUGGGCCAGCUGGACGUGUGUGCUGGGCCCCACCUGCGAAGGCAUCUGGCCCACCCACAGUGACAUCACCGACAUCAACGCCGCCUCGCUCACCAGGGACCGGCGCCUGCUGGCCACCGGAGACGACUUCGGCUUCCUCAAACUCUUCAGCUACCCCGCCAAGGGCCAGUACGCACGGUUUAAACGUUAUGUGGGCCACAGUGCCCAUGUGACUAACGUGCGGUGGGCCCAGGACGACGUGACGCUUCUGACGGUGGGCGGGGCCGACACGGCGCUCAUGGUGUGGGCCCUGGAGCUGGACGGUAGCCGUGACAACCGGCCCGUUGACAGCGAGGAGAGUGAGGAGGACACGGAGGAGGAUGGAGGCUACGACAGCGACGUGGCGAAGGAGAAGGUGAUGGACUACACCACUAAGAUCUACGCGGUGAGCAUCCGGGAGAUGUGCGGCACCAAGCCCCAUCAGCAGCAGAAAGAGGCGUCGCCCGAGGAGAGGCAGGGCAUUGUCAAGGGAUCCAGGCCACCUGUCAGCCGAGCUGCUCCCCCACCAGACAAACUGCAGAGGAACAACGUCACCAAGAAGAAGAAACUGGUGGAGGACCUGGUCUUAGACCACGUGUUUGGCUUUCGUGGGUUCGAUUGUCGCAACAACCUUCACUACCUCAACGACGGAUCAGACAUCAUCUACCACACCGCGGCCACAGCUCUGGUCCACAGCCUUAGCACAGGCACCCAGACCUUCUACCUGGAGCACACGGAUGACAUCCUUUGUCUUACUGUCAACCAACACCCCAAAUACAAAAAUGUCAUUGCCACCGGACAGAUUGGCGAGGUGACUGACAUGCCAGGCACCACUCCGUCCAUCCACGUGUGGGAUGCGAUGAGCAAGCAGACGCUGUCAGUGCUGCGCUGCGGUCACGGUAAAGGAGUGGGCUAUGUCAACUUCAGCGCCACGGGAAAACUGCUGCUGUCCGUCGGGGUGGACGCCGAGCACACCAUCACCGUGUGGAGAUGGCAAGAAGGAGCCAGGGUGACGAGUAAAGGGGGCCAUGCCGACCGCAUCUUCGUGGCCGAGUUCCGUCCCGAUUCGGACUCCCAGUUCGUGUCGGUGGGCAUCCGGCACAUCAAGUUCUGGUGGCUGGCCGGGGGGGCGCUGAUGUACAAGAAGGGGGUGCUGGGGAACAUAGUGGAGGACGCACGCAUGCAGACCAUGCUGUCAGUGGCCUUCGGUGCUAACAACUUGACCUUCUCGGGUGCCAUCAAUGGGGACGUGUACGUCUGGCGUGACCACUUCUUGGUUCGCGUGGUAGCCAAAGCCCACACAGGGCCCGUCUUCACCAUGUACACCACGCUCAGAGACGGACUCAUAGUCACCGGGGGCAAGGAGCGACCGACGAAGGAGGGUGGUGCGGUGAAGCUGUGGGACCAGGAGAUGAAGCGUUGCCGGGCCUUCCAGCUGGAGACGGGCCAGACGGUGGAGUGUGUCCGCACGGUGUGCCGGGGAAAGGGUAAGAUCCUGGUGGGGACGAAGGAUGGCGAGAUCAUUGAGGUGGGGGAGAAGAACGCGGCGUCCAACAUCCUGAUCAACAGCCACAUGCAGGGCGAGAUCUGGGGCCUGGCCACCCACCCUGCUAAAGACGUCUUCAUCUCCGCCAGCGACGACGGCACCAUACGCAUAUGGGACCUUGUGGACAAGAAAUUGCUGAACAAAGUGAGCUUGGGCCACGCGGCUAAGUGUGCAGCGUACAGCUUGGACGGGGAGAUGGUGUCGGUAGGGAUGAAGAACGGGGAGUUCAUCAUCCUCCUCACCAACUCACUGAAGAUGUGGGGCAAGAAGAGGGACAGGAGCGGAGCCAUCCAGGAUAUACGGUUCAGCCCAGAUAAGCAUUUCCUGGCGGUGGGUUCUGGUGAGUGUGCGGUAGACCUGUAUGACCUGACACAGGGCCCCUCGCUCAACCGCAUUAGCUACUGCAAAGACAUCCCCAGCUUCGUCAUCCAGAUGGACUUCUCAGCCGACAGCAAGUUCAUAGAGGUGUCGACGGGCGCCUACAAGCGUCAGGUGCACGAGGUGCCUUCUGGGAAGGUGGUGGUGGAGCCGGCGGUGACCGACAGGAUCACCUGGGCCUCCUGGACAAGCAUCCUGGGAGAUGAGGUGCUGGGGAUCUGGCCACGGAAUGCAGACAAGGCCGAUGUCAACUGUGCCUGCGUGUCCCACGCCGGCCUCAACAUCGUCACCGGGGACGACUUCGGCCUGGUCAAGCUCUUCGACUUCCCAUGCCCCGACAAAUUUGCCAAACACAAGCGAUAUUUUGGUCACUCUGCCCAUGUGACCAACAUACGCUUCUCCUACGAUGACAAGUACGUUGUCAGCACGGGGGGCGACGACUGCAGUGUGUUCGUGUGGAAAUGCCUGUGACUCGGAGCCCAUGUUGCCCAAAACCUCAAGUGUCUGGCUUGACAUGCUGCAUACGAA